GCGUGUUUUUGAUGUUGUAAGCGACGGAUAAUGUCUGCUUCCGUCUCAAAAAAAUAUUUUUCUUAAUUUUGCAAUUGUAUCGAUAUAAAUCGUGCGAUUUCGUUGUCAUCUUGUCAGAAUGAAUACGAUAAUAAAUCCACUUUCAAAAUUUAACAGACUGUCUCUGCUGAUACUUCAGAACAGGAAGCUUUCUAACAAAUCAUCAAUAGAGAAGAUUCUGAUAGCUAACAGGGGAGAGAUAGCAUGUCGAGUGAUCAAAACAGCUAGAAGUCUGGGUAUCAGAACUGUCUCCAUAUACAGUGAGGCUGAUAAAAAUGCGCUACAUGUUUCAAUGGCUGAUGAAGCUUACCACAUAGGUCCGGCUGCAGCGAGCCAGAGCUACCUCUGCCAGGACAAAAUCAUUGAUGUAACCAAGAGGUCUGGGGCGCAAGCCAUCCAUCCAGGGUAUGGGUUCUUGUCAGAGAACGUAGAAUUUGCUGAACUUUGUGGAAAUCAGGGUAUUAUCUUUAUAGGACCACCCUCCACAGCAAUCAGGGACAUGGGUAUUAAAAGUACAUCCAAGGCUAUUAUGUCAGCAGCAGGUGUUCCUGUUAUAGAAGGUUACCAUGGUGAUGACCAAUCAGAUUCUAGAUUGAAACAGGAAGCGGCUGCCAUUGGCUACCCAGUUAUGAUCAAAGCUGUCCGAGGUGGAGGUGGAAAGGGUAUGAGAAUAUCCAUGACAGAGUCAGAGUUUGAUGAACAACUUGAAUCAGCACGGAGAGAAGCUAUGAAAUCAUUCGGAGAUCAAGUCAUGCUUAUAGAGAAAUUUGUAGAAAUGCCAAGACAUGUAGAGGUGCAGGUGUUUGGAGAUCAGCAUGGGAAUUAUGUGUAUUUAUUUGAGAGAGACUGCAGUGUUCAGAGACGACACCAAAAAAUCAUAGAGGAGGCACCUGCACCAGGUCUAAGUGAGGAGACAAGGAAAGCUAUAGGAGAAGCUGCAGUAAGAGCUGCACAGGCGGUCAACUAUGUGGGAGCAGGCACAGUGGAGUUUAUCAUGGACAAAAAUCAGAAAUUUUACUUUAUGGAAAUGAACACUAGAUUACAGGUUGAACAUCCUGUAACUGAAAUGGUCACUGGUACUGACCUUGUGGACUGGCAGAUAAAGGUUGCUGCAGGAGAACAGUUACCUGUCACACAAAAUGAUAUUAAGUUAAAUGGACAUGCAUUUGAGGCACGUAUAUAUGCAGAGGAUCCAAACAACAGCUUUAUGCCAGGGGCUGGACCUUUGUUACAUUUGUCACCCCCACAAUCAGACAGCAACACCAGAAUAGACACUGGUGUUAGGCAAGGGGACGAGGUGUCGGUACACUAUGAUCCAAUGAUAGCAAAGUUAAUAGUAUGGUCAGAGGAUAGAGAGUCUGCAUUAAGGAGAUGUCGCUCAGCACUGAUGGAGUACCAGGUACUUGGAUUAAACACAAAUAUUCAGUUUUUAUCUGACCUUGCCAAGCAUCCGGAGUUUAUGAAAGGCAAUGUGCAUACAGACUUCAUCCCCCAGUUCUCUCAGGACCUGUUUCCAGAACGUGUAACCAGUACCACAGCAGUUUGUCAAGCAGCUGUUGCUAUGGUGCUACAACAAGCGCAGAAAGUUAAAGAACUGGCCAAAAAUACUCAGGACCCUUUUUCACCAUUCUGGAUGUGUACUGCAACCAGAGUGAACCAGAACCCAACAAGAUGGAUUAAUCUGCUUGAUGGAGAUAAAGAGUUGAAGAUAGAAGUAAUAACAAAUUUGGAUGCAACAUACACUGUUAACUUUGCCGGUCAAAGCUACACAGUAUCUGCUAGUUUAAAACAGUCAGAGGAUAGAACAAAUAUUUUAACUGUCAUAGAUGGUGUGAAGACACAGGCUUGUGUUGUAAAUGUGGGAAACUCUCUACAUUUGUUCACAUCGGAAGGUCAACAUGAGUUGAAGCUACCUAUACCAAAGUUUAUGUUAUCCACUGCUGAUGCUGGUGGCUUAGGUGAUGCUGUUUCUCCGAUGCCAGGGGUCAUAGAGAAGGUCACUGUAACCCCUGGGGCUCAGGUGGAAAAAGGAGACCCCCUAGUCAUUAUGAUAGCUAUGAAAAUGGAGUAUGUUAUAAGGGCUCCAAAGUCAGGUGUUGUAGAGUCAGUAUUCUAUAAAGUUGGUGAUACUGUGCAAAAAGGUGUUGCUCUUGUUCAUUUCAAAGAAGAUCAGUCAGAGGGCCAAUCAGCAGAUGACAGUAACACAGACUGACCAAUCAGAAUGGAUUUCAGACUUUAAAUAGACUGACCAAUCAGAAUGGAUUUUGGACUUAAAACCAGUAUAGAGAUUAAAGUUAUGUGAUUACAUUUUUCAGUUCAGCUGAACAGCAGCUGUAACAAAUUGUGUGUUUUUUGUUACAUAUCAGUGACCACUUCACAUGCCAUUUUAAAAUGGUUUGAAAGGAAGUUUAAAGACCCUUGAAGAGGCAUGGCUGUGUUUGUAAAUGACGAUAACAACAGUUUCCUAUGCAUUUUUAGCUACAUAGUACUGUGUAGAGUUGAUUUGUAAAUUUGAAAUUCUACAAAAGUGCUACUAUUAUUUAUUACCAAAAAAUAAAGUACAUGUAUAUAACUACUUAA